AUGAUAUUGAAUUCGAUGAUCGGUAACGUUCUAAUAUUAAACGCUACGAUUAUUGGCCUAGUUUACUCUUAUCAAAGUGAUAACGGCAGCGUCGAUUGGUUAAUAUUGAACAAAGAGCUCUUCUAUUAUCCCAGAUUUUUCGGUAUUGUUUUCUGCGGCUUAUCGUCCCCAGGUUUGAUUUUAGCGAUAGAACACAGUACGCGUAAGCUAUGGAAUUAUAAUGAAUUAUAUGGUAUAUUGAAACAAUGUAUGACGAUUAUCGUUUGUAUUCACAUAAUUGUUGGUAUCGUCGGUUACGUUAAAUGGGGUUCAAACGUAUCAGAAAAUUUUAUUCAUAAUAUACAGAAGGAAGGAGACGGGUAUACUUUAAUAGCAUUUAUUACACAAGCUUUAGCUAUUUAUUUUACCUAUGGAUUAUUAUCUUAUGUUCCUAUCAAUAUAGUUUUAAAACGAUACAUUAUACCGAUAAUAGAAAUUAAAAUUCAAAAAGGAACACCGCAUCUAUGGGAAUUGAUCACUCGAUUCGUCAUCACUCUUCUCACGUGUAUUUUACCAAAGUUUAUUCCGAGAUUACGCCUACAAAUUGCCCUUAUUGGUCUAACUUGCAACUUUACAUUGACGGUUAUUAUACCACUCAUUUUAUAUACUAUCUUAUACAUGGAAGAAUCCGAGGAAAUCGAGAGAUACAAUAAAAAAGUGCUGACACUUGUCGUUGUUCCUGUAAUGUAA